CGAAUCUUUUUGUUAUCAAAAAUUGACUGACCGCCUACUCCUUUCAUUUCCUCUUCCUAUUCCGUCGGUCAGAUCAAAACAACAACAACACAUACACUCUCACUCUAUUUUUCAGUAAUAAUAAAAGAACAUGAGAGAAAUAAUAAGUAUACAUAUAGGUCAAGCUGGAAUUCAAGUGGGUAAUUCUUGUUGGGAACUUUACUGCCUUGAACAUGGCAUUCAGCCUGAUGGCAUGAUGCCUAGUGACACAUCACCUGGUGUUGCAGAUGAUGCCUUCAAUACGUUUUUCAGCGAGACCGGUGCAGGAAAGCACGUGCCAAGAGCGAUAUUUGUUGAUCUUGAACCAACUGUCAUCGACGAAGUCAGGACAGGAACUUAUCGCCAAUUGUUCCACCCUGAACAGCUUAUUUCUGGAAAGGAAGAUGCUGCUAAUAACUUUGCAAGGGGUCAUUACACAGUGGGGAAGGAGAUUGUUGACUUGUGCCUUGACCGGGUAAGAAAGUUAGCAGAUAACUGCACCGGCUUGCAAGGGUUUUUGGCGUUUAACGCUGUUGGUGGGGGUACUGGUUCUGGUCUCGGUUCUUUGUUGUUGGAACGCUUGUCUGUCGACUAUGGAAAGAAGUCAAAGCUUGGGUUCACCAUUUAUCCUUCUCCUCAGGUUUCAACUGCAGUUGUGGAACCAUACAACAGUGUUCUAUCUACACAUGCUCUACUUGAACACACUGACGUGGCGGUGCUCUUGGAUAAUGAGGCAAUUUACGAUAUUUGUAGGAGAUCACUGGACAUUGAGAGGCCUACCUACACCAACUUGAACCGAUUGAUUUCUCAAGUCAUUUCAUCUUUGACUACCUCCCUACGUUUUGAUGGGGCCAUCAACGUUGAUAUCACAGAGUUCCAAACCAACCUUGUGCCAUACCCUCGUAUCCAUUUCAUGCUUUCCUCUUAUGCACCUGUGAUCUCUGUUGAGAAAGCUUACCAUGAGCAGCUCUCUGUACCGGAAAUCACAAACUCAGUGUUUGAACCUGCAAGCAUGAUGGCUAAGUGUGAUCCUAGACAUGGAAAGUAUAUGGCCUGUUGCUUGAUGUUCCGUGGAGAUGUCGUUCCUAAAGAUGUCAAUGCUGCUGUUGCCACUAUCAAAACCAAGCGCACCGUGCAAUUUGUUGAUUGGUGCCCGACUGGUUUCAAGUGCGGUAUUAAUUAUCAAGCACCAACAGUUGUACCGGGGGGAGAUCUUGCAAAGGUUCAGCGAGCCGUAUGCAUGAUCAGCAACAACACAGCAGUUGCUGAGGUGUUUUCCCGCAUUGACCAUAAGUUUGACCUCAUGUAUUCAAAGAGGGCAUUUGUUCAUUGGUAUGUGGGUGAGGGAAUGGAGGAAGGUGAGUUCUCGGAAGCCCGUGAAGAUCUUGCAGCUUUGGAAAAAGAUUAUGAAGAAGUUGGUGCCGAAGGAGUUGAGGAUGAAGGCGAGGAUGAGGAGUACUGAAGUGGUUAUUCGUUUUGAACUAUAGAGGUGUUGUUUUGUGAAAAUAACGAAUUGUUUUCUGUUUAUGCUUCUCUUUUCUGAUAAACUCUGUGUGCUUAUAUUCUUCUUUGUUGGGCAAGUGACCUACUGAUUUGCAAGAAAGUUUUUCUUUUGGGUA